AGCAUUGGCAUGCACGAAGUAGUGUCGCAAAAAUCUCCAGAUUACCGACUGGUGGUCGGGAAGUUACACUGACACGCCUCUUUACCCGAGUGACUGCAUUCAGCUCAUAGCAGCAAGGUAAAGCUAAAGGAAUAAAGAUCACUCAAGGAGACGCGUGCAUUCUUCCUCCCCCCACAUCACAAGCUCAAGUGUAAAUGGACCGUUACGAAAAGUUGACACGGAUUGGAGAGGGCGCCUACGGAGUAGUGUUCAAAUGUCGGAAUCGAGAUACCGGCGAUAUUGUGGCGAUUAAGAAAUUCACCGACUCAGAAGAUGAUCCAGUCAUUCACCGGAUAGCAAUGCGUGAGAUCCGAACCCUCAAGGGGAAAGCACCACCUUUGAGUUUCGCUCUUAUUGGAGCUCACCAGCAGUGCAUUCUACAAAUCUCGCAACCAUCAAAACUAAGACAAGUGUCCAGCAGGUUUCAAGCGUCUGUUGCGCUACUUGACUUGGAAGUCCUGACUGGCGUGCCAAUCGAUCGACACAACCUAGCUGGGCCGGGAGACGAAUAUACCGACUACGUGGCCACGCGCUGGUACAGAGCCCCCGAACUGCUGGUCGGUGAUACGCAAUACGGACCGCCGGUUGAUAUAUGGGCAGUGGGAUGUGUGGUGGCCGAAAUGCUGACCGGAUUGCCUCUAUGGCCGGGCCGAUCAGAUUUGGACCAAUUACAUUUGAUUACUCGGACAACAGAUUUGGACCAAUUACAUUUGAUUACUUGGACAAUGGGUGACCUUGUGCCAAGACAUCGAGAGAUAUUCGAGAAAAACAUGUUUUUCAAAGGCUAUAAACUACAAGUUCCAGAGAAUAAGAGUUGCUUGGAUGAAAAGUUCAAGGCCUUGUCUCCCCCACUAACUUCCAAAGAAUUGGAUUUCCUCCAAUGUUGCCUAACAAUGGACCCGACCGAACGAUCCAAUGCUGAGAUGUUACUCAAGCAUCCACACAUGGAAUUCCACGGAAAGCACUUCCAGUACACUUCAAUCGAACUGCGACAAGUCCCUGGAGCCAGUGGUGACGGCCACCUGACGCCCACCAACACCACGAAGAAGAAGGAUAAAGGGACCCCAACAGGACAUUUCAAAUCAAUGCUCACUGGGCAAGGAGUGAUAUCAAACAUGCGCAAAAAGUCACAAUCACAACCAUUAUCGGUUGCCAUCCCACAGACGUCCCAGGCAACUGUACCGACUUCCGAAGGAUAUGUUCGUCAUUCGACCAACACAACUCCACAGCUGCUUGAUCCCAGUGCGUCCCCCUCCCAAGCGGGAGGAAACAAUUCUCCAGCUACUCGUCAGCCUUGGUUCACUACUGGUAUUGUGGGUCAGGGCUACUAUAGCACAACCCUACCAUCCCUGACGGCCAGUCCACAGGCUCAACCUCAUCCGACUUCCCAAUCUCCUGUGUCUCACCCAAAGAUAACCGCCUGGAAGUCCCAUCCAAAGGCGAUUCAAGGAGUCACCCUAACCGGAACAGCGGUCACGAUGAACCCAGCCACGACCGGGUUCAAUGCGGAGACAGGAUCAAUGCUCAACGUUAACAACAACAAUAGUGGUACUGGCAGUACUGGUACAACUACUACCAGCACUAUCGGACUCCGGGUGCACUUCCCUACAAUAUAACUAGCAAUAAAUCUCCCGAUAAACUCAACACCUAAUCCUGGCGCUCCUGUUGCCCAACUCCAUGUGGAUGCAUUUUUUCGAGGAGCCUGAUGAUUUCCAAAGGCGUAUCAUACCUCAUGACCAACACCCUUGGUCACACAAGGUUGAGUGUACAUAGAAGACUGGACCACACUCUCCGGGGACCUCCGGACCGCCGCAUCCAUGCCUGUGUCCAACGUUUCCCUCCGCUGUCCAAUUAUUUUCAACUCCACACCACACGCACACAUCUUUCAUGUGAGCCAUCCAAUCUAUCGAUUGAACAUCACACCAAAUGCACAAUGUACCAAAAAACACAAAUCGAUCGAUCUGAAACAAUCUGGCAAACAUGUGUGCCUGGGAACUUCUGCAUUCAGAGCAAACGAAAUUGCAAUAAACUCAUCCCACAG